AUGUUCCGUCGCGUGUUGACAAUUGUUCGAGCACACUGCAAGCUAGGUCUGACGGCCACUUUGGUACGAGAAGAUGACAAAAUCACAGAUUUGAACUUCCUCAUCGGUCCAAAAAUCUACGAAGCGAACUGGAUGGAACUCGAGAAGGCAGGACAUAUUGCGAAAGUGCAGUGCGCCGAGGUUUGGUGUCCGAUGAGUGCCGAAUUCUACUCGUAUUAUUUGCGCGCUCAAAUUGGUCGUCGGCUACUUCUUGCAGUGAUGAAUCCCAACAAAUUUCGCAUAUGCCAGUUCCUCAUUAAGUAUCACGAAAGGCGUAAUGAUAAGAUAAUCGUUUUCUCGGAUAAUGUGUUUGCGCUGAAGAAGUACGCUAUCGAAAUGGACAAGCCAUUUUUGUAUGGUGAAACGGGACAAAAUGAACGCAUGAAAAUUUUACAAAAUUUCCAGUACAAUCCAAAAGUGAAUACAAUAUUUGUCUCAAAGGUAGCAGAUACGUCGUUUGAUUUGCCCGAGGCCAAUGUUCUCAUACAAAUAUCAGCACAGGGGGGUUCACGGAGGCAAGAGGCGCAACGACUGGGCCGAAUAUUACGAGCCAAGAAAAAUUCAAGCGACGCAUUCAAUGCUUUCUUUUAUUCUUUGGUCUCACAGGCAAUUUUUUUCUACUGGAAAUUUUAUUGGCAUUAUAUAAUAUUGUAG